UGAUUGUCCAGUGCACCUGACCGGGCAGCUGUAGGGUGUGAUAGGGGUGUGUGUGCGCGCGCGUGCGUGCGUGUGCGUGUGUGUGUCUGUGAACGAGCAGGCGGGCGAGCGCGCGUGUGCGGAUGCAUGUCUGUGUGUGUUCGCGUGUAACGCGCUCGAGGAGAUGAGAGAGCAGCGCUCGCGCGCAGCAGAGCAUCCUCCUCCUCCUCCUCCUCCUGCUGCUCAUCCUCCUCAUCCUGCUCUUCAUCCUCAUCAUCAGCCUCAGCAUCACCAGCAGCAGCAGCGGCGCGAGCACGAGCAGCAGCAGCAGAUACGCUAAAGGCUGAAGAUGUUGCUGCACUGAGGCUCGUUUGCUCGCCCUAAUCCAGCACCAGCUCUCUCUCUCUCUCUCUCUCUCUCUAUUCCUCCGUUCAUCCCUCCACCAUGAGCCGGAUCCUGGAUAAGCUGGACCCCCGCCGGGUCCAGUGGUCCGCCUUCAGCUCACGGGUUCUCAGGACUAAACCCGUGGAGUCCAUGCUGGACAGCUCGGCGGGCACGGCUGGCACGGGGCCACACGGCACCAAGCUGGCGCGGGUGCUGACCACAGUGGACCUGGUGUCUCUGGGGGUGGGCAGCUGUGUGGGCACCGGCAUGUACGUCGUCUCCGGGCUGGUUGCUAAGGAAAUGGCCGGACCGGGGGUCAUCGUGUCGUUCAUCAUCGCCGCUGUGGCCUCCAUACUGUCAGGUGUGUGUUACGCUGAAUUUGGCGUGCGGGUACCGAAGACCACAGGCUCCGCCUACACGUACAGCUACGUGACGGUGGGCGAGUUCGUGGCGUUUUUUAUCGGCUGGAAUCUGAUCCUGGAGUACCUGAUCGGCACGGCGGCGGGAGCCAGCGCCCUCAGCAGCAUGUUCGACUCGCUGGCCAAUCACAGCAUCAGCGACUUCAUGAUCAGCCACGUGGGAACCCUCAACGGACUGGGUAAAGGAGAGCAGGCGUAUCCGGAUCUCCUGGCUCUGAUCAUCGCCAUCCUGGUGACGGUGAUCGUGGCUCUGGGGGUGAAGAACUCGGUGGGCUUCAACAACGUCCUGAACGUCAUUAACCUGAUAGUGUGGGUCUUCAUGAUGAUCGCAGGACUGUUCUUCGUUAGCGGGACCAACUGGGACGAGGGGCGAUUCCUGCCGUUCGGCUGGUCAGGGGUGAUGCAGGGCGCUGCCACCUGCUUCUACGCCUUCAUUGGGUUCGACAUCAUCGCCACGACUGGAGAAGAGGCCAAAAGCCCCAACACGUCCAUCCCCUACGCCAUCACUGCAUCACUGGUCACCUGCCUGACUGCUUAUGUCUCUGUGAGUGUAAUUCUCACUCUGAUGGUGCCGUACACAGAGAUUGAUGCUGACGCUCCGCUGAUGGAGAUGUUCGCUCUGCACGGCUUCCAGGCUGCUAAAUACAUUGUGGCAAUCGGCUCCAUCGCUGGACUGACCGUCAGUCUGCUGGGGUCACUCUUCCCCAUGCCGCGGGUCAUCUACGCCAUGGCUGGAGAUGGUCUGCUCUUCAGGUUCCUGGCCCACGUGAGCACUUACACGGAGACUCCAGUCGUGGCCUGCAUCGUGUCCGGUUUCAUGGCCGCCCUGCUGGCUCUGCUGGUCAGUUUGCGUGACCUAAUCGAGAUGAUGUCCAUCGGCACCCUGCUGGCCUACACCUUGGUGUCCGUAUGCGUGUUGCUGCUUCGCUACCAACCUGAGAGCGACAUCCACGGCUUCGUCAACUUCCUCUCCGAGGAGAACGCUAAGAGGAAGGCUGAGGGAGUGCUGGCUGAAUGUGAGAAGGAUGCAUGUUCACCGCUAAGCGAAGGGGAAGAUUACGGCGGUCCUCCAACCAACACGUGUGGAGCCAAGAACCUGCCGUCGCUGGGCGAUAACGAGAUGCUGAUCGGUAAGUCGGAUAAAUCCAACUACACUGCCAGUCAUCCGAACUACGGCACAGUGGACAUGUCCUCGGGCAUCGAAUCGGACGAGACGGAGAGUGUCUACCUUCAGAAGCUGAAGAAGCUAAUGGGUCCUCGCUACUACACCAUGAGAAUCCGCCUGGGUUUGCCCAGCAAAAUGGACCGACCCACGGUGUAUACCGGCCGAACGGUCACGCGCUGCGUUCUGCUGCUCUUCUUCCUCAUCUUCGGCUUCUGUUCGCUCAUCAUAUUCGGUGCCGACUGCAUCUCGGAGGGGCGCUGGUGGGCCGUGCUGCUGCUGGUGUUGCAAGUGCUGAUCAUCACCCUGCUGAUCUUCAUCAUCAUCCAGCAGCCAGAGAACCCCAAGCGUCUGCCCUACAUGGCCCCCUGUGUGCCCUUCGUUCCAGCCUCCGCCAUGCUGGUCAAUGUGUAUCUCAUGCUCAAGCUGUCCAGCAUCACCUGGAUACGAUUUGCUGUCUGGUGUUUUGUGGGCGUCCUGAUCUACUUCGGCUACGGCAUGUGGAACAGCACCCUGGAGAUCACGGCACGAGAGGAGGAGGUCCACGCCAGCACAUACCAACGCUACGACAUGGGAGUGGACGACAACUUUGCCGUGGAUGAUGAGCUGUACCCCUCUGGCAGAGACUGGAGACCCCAGGGCAAGGGGACCAAGCAGCAGCCGCCACGGGAGAAUGGGGACCCCUCGGAAGUUCCAGGAGACGCCCUGGACAGUCGGGACAACCACAGGACCUCCUCGUCCCACAGCAGAGCCAAAAGCAAAGGCGGGAAGUCUGUCCCAGGCUUCGAUGCGCUGGUGGUGGACGACGAUUUGGACGAUCCUCUGGAAUGAGAACGCAAUGCUGAAUGUACUCGUGUGUCCACAGAACCUGCAGAAACCCUUGGGCUAGAUGGUUACCUCUCCACACUCGUUAAAUUUAGUUUCAUUUAGUUUAAUUUCAAUUUUGCUUCCUCUCGUUUUCUCGUUUCCUGUUUUUUUUUCGUCGACUGGGGUAAUCACUCACUCCAAACCAGUUCAGCAUGAACUGAACUUGCAUAACCUUUGCACAUGAGAAGGUGACGUUGCUUCUGACCACACGACGAUAACGGUUUCUCCAAAGACUGCACCGUCCUCUUGCUUUCCACAACUGCCUUUCCUUUAAAGGUCUUCAAAUCUGGACCUUGAAUUCAGUUCCCAGUCCUGGAUUUUGGUCAGGACUGAGAGCUGGAUGUAGGGUCCAGAUUUGAAGACCUCUGUGACAGGCUUCGAUCCACCAAACUCUCUUUCUUCACAGAGCACUUAAACAAAGCCUUCCUCAUUACUGCAGCCAUUAUCUCAUCAUUCAUCACAUGCUGAAGACUUUAGCGCUAGCUUUCACAUCUCUGUUAAUAGAACGACUCUUCUUCCAAAAAUCUCAUUUGCACAAUUUUCCUCUUACCCCAACUGUAGUCAAUCAGCCGAGACAUGCUCUGUGCCCAGAUUUCCCUUCCUUAGACGUGUGAGACUAAUUCUACGACAUCAACAAACACUAGAACAACAAUUUAACAAUUUCACAUUUCACAGAACAUUGCUGUAAAUGCUGUACAUCUAGCUUUUACUUGCUUUUGUUUAAGGUCGUUCAGAAUUAGGGGGUUCAGAGUGGCUCAGCCACACACUAAGUCGAUGACCCCAUGGCUCAAGUUCAAAAUCCAAAGAAGUGUUGUUUAUAUUUAUAGUUUACCGUAAGUAAUAAACUAACCCAACUUUUGUACAUUAGCAAUGUACAGGGGUUGGACAAUGAAACUGAAACACCUGGUUUUAGACCACAAUAAUUUAUUUUCCAGACGGACAGUUCUGGUGGAAACAAAUAAGUUGAGGCACAAUCCGGGUUAGCACCCGAACAUCCCUUUCAGACAGCUUC